CACUGGAAAGGUAUGCUCCUCAGACCAAUUAUAGAAGGACCUGUACCGCACUCAUAGUCACGAACUAAAUUGUCUGUCAUUUUCUGAGGAAAACGAGCUUAGAUUUGGUAUAUAUCUUAUACUAAACUAGAAGUUUUUGCCCGUUUUUUACACAAUUCAAUUACACAAAAAGGUAUUUUUACGGAGCUCUUUAACUGACGAACACGAUUACAACUAUUUAACAUCGAUUCUAUAGGGACAGUUUUUAUAAUUACAUUAGAUCGUUGAUCAUAUACUUUGACAGAAAAGUAACGUCUAGCGAGGCAGGUCCUAUACAAUAAUUGGUCUGAGGUAUGCUCAUGUCUUUAUGUGCACUUGUGCAGCACUAUGAUGCGCUGCAGUUGCAUACGUGCUUACAUAUUGCAUCCACCCACCACAUUUUAUUCAAAUUUAUAGUUUAGGUAAUCCUUUUCUGGCUGCACUGCAACUGUCUUCAGAAUUGUGCGAGUGCUCAGUGCAAGUGCAGUGUUCGCAAAAAUGGUCCUACAUCUGGUAGUUAUAUUCGCUUUUAGUAUAUUAUUAUAUUUUCUGAAAUGUUUAUUAACGAAAAAUCACGAUUACUGGUUAAAAAGAAACGUGCCCCACUUAAAACCUUUACCAUUAUUUGGCAAUCAUAUCGAAUCGAUGAUCCUAAAGAAACAUGUGACACAAGUUACUUACGAAAUAUGUAAGCAGUUUCCAACGGAGCCUUACAUCGGGUCUCUUUUUGGCACGAGACCUACUCUAAUUGUUCAAGAUCCUGAUUUAGUAAAACUGGUGCUAUCGAAGGACUUCUAUUACUUCAGUGGCAGAGAUUGUUCAGACUAUUCAGAAAGAGAGCCGGUCACGAAAACAUUGUUCUUCACCAGUGGCGAUAAAUGGAAAAUCCAACGACAGAAUCUGACACCACUCUACUCGUCAGCUAAAAUUAAGGGCAUGUUUUACUUGAUAAAAGACUGCGUUAAGCAAUUGGAGCGUUUACUUGAAGAGGACACUAAAAUUCAGCCAUACAUCGAUGUAAAAGUUUUGUUCGAAAGAUACACUAUAGAUUGCAUAUCAACAUGUGGAUUCGGUUUUAAUUCUAACACUAUGAAAACCGGUGGUGAGACGAACCCCUUUAUGAUCAUACGAGAAAAUAUAUUCGAUACAUCCAUCGCUAGAGGAUUGAAAUUAAAUUGUCGAAUAAUAUGGCCAUCUUUAUUUUACGCAUUAAGAUUACGCCUAUUCGAUAACAAAUUGUUUAGCUUUUUCCAUAAACUUUUGAUUGAUAUUUUUAACAGUCGUCAAACAGACAAAUCAUCGAGGAAUGACUUUGUUGACCUUAUUUUGACAUGGAGGGAGAAAAGUUGUAUAUCGGGAGCCAGAUUGGGUAACAAAUAUGGAGUCAAUAAUACGGCGAGCUUAGAAGUGAAUGAUGAGUUAUUGGUCGGUCAGUGUGUAUUGUUCUUCGGAGCUGGAUAUGAGACAACUGCGACAGCUUUAAGUUUUCUUUUAUACGAACUUGCAAAACACAAAGAGAUUCAAGAUAAACUGAUUGCAGAAGUGGAUUGUUACUUCAAGAAAAAGAACGGUGAGAUUGAAUACGAAUGUAUAAACGAGCUUCCAUAUCUCGAAGCGUGUAUCGAUGAAAGUCUUCGUAUGUACCCAGUGUUGGGAGUUCUUACCAGGGACGUUAUGGAAGACUACACUUUCCCAACUGGUCUCCGUAUCCAGAAGGGAGAUCUCAUUCACAUUCCAGUGACAAACAUACAUUACAAUCCCGACCAUUACCCGGAACCGGAAAAGUUUCGCCCAGAACGUUUUUAUGGAGAAGAAAGAAAAAAUAUAAAACCAUUUACAUUCUUAUCAUUCGGGGAAGGUCCUAGGAUGUGUAUCGGUCAACGUUUUUCCAAGAUGCCCAUGUUUGCCGGCCUGUUGGCGAUAUUCAGGCGAUAUCGCAUCGAGCUAGCCGACGACAUGCCACACACACUUGAACUGGAGGCGACUUCGAUUGUUAUCACACCCACUUCUGGGAUUAACGUCAAAUUUAUUUCUCGAAAUUAAUGAAAAAGUUUAUUUAACCGACUUCAAAAAAAGAGGAGUGUUAUAAGUUCCUCUUAAGGUAGUAGUAGGAGUUUUAGCACACUCAGAAGUGAUUACAAAAAUAAGAAAACUACUGUCGAACAAAGGUUAAGGUAAAGGUAACUAAUCAAACUGUAACCAAAAUAAGACUCUAGAAUGGCAGAGAAUGACCUUGAGUGAAGUCACGCACUUGUGAACGUUGUGUGUAGGGUUAAAUAAUCCUUUGACUGUUAACAAACCUCAAGUCACUCUCCUCGCCUAUCCCAAGUAACUCAUAAAGAAUUACACAACAAGAGAUGUGGACGGAUUGAACGCCACGAGCACACUGAAGCCGACCUUACCGCAAGUUGUUGCAACGCGGCGAUAACAGGCGGUAUUAACAUUCAUUAUUUAUGUUAUUGUAGAGGAAGGAAGAGGGAGGUAUCAGUGUUGGUAUAAUUAAGAGGGUAUUUGAUGACUUCAGCUCAGUUGUUUGUGAGGCAGCGUAUAGAUCACUACGCUGCCAGUCGUGUUAGUGAUUUCGUGCAAUAACGUUUUGUGUUGUAAUUAUUGAUAGUGUUUGGUGUUGUAAUUAUAGUUUAUCAUAAACUAGCUGACACCACGCAGUUUUACCCGCGUGGUUCCCGUUCCCGUAUAUGGGCUUCCUCGAUAAAUGGGCUAUCUAGCACUGAAAGAAUUUUUCAAAUCGGACCAGUAGUUUCUGAGAUUAGCGCGUUCAAUCAAACAAACAAACAGACUUUUAAGCUUUAUAUAUUUUGAGCUACUUCACACUUUGCACUUUAUAGAUGCAAGAAUCCACUGCCUGAAUACGAACCUUUAUUAGAAAAGGAAUUUUUCAUUUUGUACUAGUGCCUACUCUAUUUAAAAACAUUAUGCACGCUGAUACCUGAUACUU